GCUACAGAGCAGACAGCUGCUAACUAUGGGGAACGGAGACUCUGUGGCCUCCUUGCGGAGUCAGCGACUGUUUCUGCUAUUGCUGUUGCUGCCACUGCCUCGCACCCACCAGGGACAGGCCCCAAGGCCCGUCUUCCCCACCCAGGUGCAAAACGGGAUAAGCUUCUCAGCCUCGAGUGCUCAGGACCCGCCUGCUAGGUACCUCAGCAGUGGACCAGAUCACAAGCCUGUCACUGUUAUGACCAUUGACCUCACCAAAAUCAGCAAACCCUAUUCCUCCUUUGAGUUUCGAACCUGGGAUCCAGAGGGAGUGAUUUUUUAUGGGGACACCAACCCUGAAGACGAUUGGUUCAUGCUGGGACUUCGGGGCGGCCAGCUCGAAGUCCAGUUGUACAAUCUCUGGGCUCGGCUUACAGUGGACUUCGGCCCUCGGCUCAACGAUGGGAGAUGGCACCAGGUGGCGCUGGAGAUGGAGGGGGACUCACUGCUGCUGUGGGUGGAUGGAGAGGAGACGCUGUGGCUGAGACAGGUCUCUGGAUCCCUGGCUGACCGUCCUCAGCCUAGCAUGCGGAUUGCAGUAGGGGGGCUCCUGCUGCCCACCUCCAGCCUUCGGUUUCCGCUGGUUCCUGCCCUGGAUGGCUGUAUACGUCGAGAUACCUGGCUGGGCCACCAACCCCAGCUCCCACUAGCCCUGGCUAGCCUUGGAAACUGUGAUGUGGCCUUGCUACCUGGACUGUUCUUCCCGCCAGGGACCCAUGCAAAAUUCAGUCUCCAAGACGUUCCCCAGCCUUACACAGACCCGUGGGCCUUUUCUCUGGAGCUGGGAUUUAAGCUGGCGGAUGGCUCAGGACGCCUCCUUGCUCUCGGGACAGGAACAAAUUCUUCUUGGCUUACCCUUCACCUCCAAGAUCAGAAGGUGGUGCUGUCUUCUGAAGAGGACUCCAAACUGACGUUCCCCCUGGACUUGGGACCCCCUCUUCAGCUGAAGCUGGACAUGUUCAAAGCGGUCUUGAGCCAAGGCCCAAAGAUGGAGGGCCUCCCUAUGUCUCCUUCCAAACUUGCCUCCCUCUGGUCCCAACCUCAAGGCCAUCUGUCCCUUGGAGCUUUACCAGGACAGAACUCUUCCGCUUCCUUUUGCCUGAGUGAUUUUCGGGUACAAGGACAGAGACUGGACAUAGACCAGGCCCUGAGCAGGAGCCAGGACGUCAGGACCCACAGCUGCCCUCAGAGCCCGAGCAAUGAGACUCACACCUCCCGCUGAGCCCCUUGAGAAGCAG